CGUAGCGCGUGCGUGAGAGUGCCAGUGAAACAUGGCGGCGUUGUGUGUUCGUGCAGUGAGACAUGCUUUAAGAGCUCCUUCUCUUUCAAGAAGGACGCCGCGGCUCCUGUGUACGGCAGCGCAGCAGAAGAGUUCAGGAGGACCGGAAGAAGAAACCGGAGCACAAAAACCAGAGCAAAGCCCUGCCGAGAAAGUGUUAACCGAGGAGCAAGUCCAGCACGAGGAGCAGCUGAAGGAACUGACGGAUAAGUACAAGCGAGCGCUGGCUGACACGGAGAAUCUCAGACAGAGGGGUCAGAAGCUGGUAGAUGAAGCUAAACUUUAUGGAAUCCAGGGUUUCUGUAAAGACCUGCUCGAGGUGGCGGACAUCUUGGAGAAGGCGACACAGAGUGUCCCGAAGGAGGAAGUGACCUCGCAGAACCCUCACUUGAAGAACCUGUACGACGGGCUGGUGAUGACGGAGGUGCAGAUCCAGAAGGUUUUCACCAAACACGGCUUGGUGAAACUGGAUCCGGUCGGGCUCAAGUUCGACCCGUACGAGCACGAAGCGCUGUUCCAUGCACCAGUCGAGGGCCAGGAGCCUGGCACUGUCGCCAUGGUUACCAAAGUGGGCUACAAGCUGCACGGCCGCACCUUGCGACCUGCCCUCGUAGGUGUUGUAAAGGCGCCAUGAAAACCGGUGCGGCCCGGUUUAGCCCAGUAUGACGUGGUCUGCCUGAACUCGAACAGACGAUAUCAGACUGAUCUGAUCUUCAAUAAAUAACAUCACAAUGUGUAUCAUGAUAAUGGAGGUGGAAGAUGGUGAGAGUGAAACGAACGUGUUUUUUUUUUUUUUUUUUCCAAUUCGUGUGAGUGAGAAGAUAUGAUGAAAAGACAAGCUAGUGUGUAUGCGUUUCUGAUGAUGCUCUAAAGAAGUGAGGGAGGAGAGAGAGAAAGCGAGAAAGGAAAAAGGGUCCAUGAAAAUAAUCAAUCAGCUGUAGUGAUGGUAUGUCCAUGACUUUGUAGUAUCAAAUAUUUAAAUACUUUUUGUCCUGUCUCUGGUCUCUGCUCACUGCUCUACUCACCAGGUGGGUAAAAUAAUCAUCAAUGCUCACUUUUAGGAACAUCUCAACACCUUCACCCCUGAUCCAGUCCAUCAGUGUUUCCUGAACAUUAUAUUACAUCAUACACGUUAAUUAGCUUCCAAGUCCUGUUUAUUUUCAUGCACUGUGUUUUACUGAGAAGAUUUAUUCACUGAUUGUACCUCGGUAUAGAUCAGGGCAAAAAACCUGAUCUGCUCAGUCAUGCUGUUAAUUUAUAUGUCAAAUGGAGGUUUUAUUAUUAAAAAAAAACCCCACCAAUCUCAGAAACAAA